CCAACGUUGCUUAUUCAUGCAACUGAAUAAUUAAGAAAAGCCAUUUCCAUAGCAGCCUAAGAAAAUGAAGAGCACUAGCUUGUUCGCUAUCUUUCUACUUUGCGCCUUCACCUCAUACCUACCUUCCGCCACCGCCCAGGACGUGCUCGACGUGGAUGGCGAUCCGAUUCGGAACGGUUUCAUAUACUACGUUUUGCCGGCAAUAAGAGGAAACGGUGGCGGAAUAGAACGAGCCGCACUCGGGAAAGACACUUGCCCUAUCACUGUAGUGCAAUCUCCCAAUCCAAACUCUAAGGGGUUAGAAAUUAAGUUUGAAUCUGCAUACCCCGCCUAUUACAUAAACGAAACCCUAAUUUUGCAAAUAAAGUUCAGUUACCCACAGCAGUGUGAAAGAAAGAAUCCUUGGUGGGCCAUUUCUAAGGAUAUAUCUGAAGGACCACCUGCUAUUAAACUCUCUGGGUUCCAUGGUACUGAAAUCGGUUGGUUUAAAAUUCAGAAAGCUUCCAAAUCCUGUGACUCUAAUGACUACAAGCUUGUGUUCUGCCAGUAUGAUGAGACCUGGUGUUUGGAUGUCGGCAUUUACGUCGAUCGUCAAGGAAACAGGCGUUUGGUGCUUGCUGUUACUGGUGAACCGUUUUUGGUUCACUUUCACAAAAUUAGUUCUUCAACUGCAUGAAGCAGUACCACACUGGCCCAAAAAAAAAAAUCAUGUGCUUAAUUUCUAGCUGUGAGAGACAAUUAAGUGUAUGACCAAUAAAAUGGUUUUGUUGUAGGACCAAGUCUGAGAGACGCCAAGCACCACAUGAAUAAAAUAACCAAAGCUUGGUUUGUAUUGUAGCCUUCUCUAAUGCUAUUGGUCUGGUUACAUCAUCUUUAA